UGCGGCUCCAGCUGCUCGGGCGCUUCCCUUUGCUUGUCCCGUUUGCGGAAUGGACUAGGAAGGCUUUUGUCGCAGGGAGCGCGGGAAAGGGCCGAGGGGGAAGAGUUCCCUCUCGGCACGAGCCUGGCUAAGGGGGCAGCCGCUGCCGCCUCCCUUCCUGAUUGGAGAUGUCCGGCGGGAAUAGCCGGAGGAGAGCCAGUUCCUCCUGGCACAGCAGCUUCUCUCGGCUUUUUAACAGGAGCUCAUCGAAGGAGGAAGAGGGCAAGGCGGCCCCCCACCGACAAGGAACAGACAGCUUUGAAAUUAAAGGAAAUGAAUCUACUGGUGUGGCAUGUCAGAGAAGGGGAACUAACCCUCUCCCAGAGCUAAUAAAGACUUCAGGAUAUGAAAAUAAGAACCUCUCUACAGAAGAGCUGAGCAGAUCCCUGACUCGUGAAGAAUUAAAAAAAGCAAGUAGCCUUCCUAGUUUGGCUCAUGAAAGCAAAACUGCCAGUUAUGACAGACAGCCCAAAGAAGGAUUUUUCCAAUUUCUUGGGAGUUUAUUUGGUAUUGCUUCUAAGCCCUCCUGGAAAGAAACUGAACAAUCCAUCUUUGGAGAUGGCAGCAGUAGAACUGGAAAGGACUUUGAAAGUCCAGCUGUCCACCAGAAAGGCGCACAUACUGAGCAUCCUGAACCAGAAAUACUCGGCUUUUCAAUGUCUGAAAGUGCAUGUGAGGCAUCAGAUAAAGACAAAGAGAGGAACCCCUGUUCUAAUUUACAAGAAGCACAGGAACAAACUGCUGAAGCAUCAAAAAAAACAGACUGUGAGCUGAGUGCACCUGCCGUGACUUAUGCAACUUAUCGAGGCUCAGCAAGAAUUAAGCAGUUGCUUAAGAAGCAAGCAAAACAAGAAAAGGAAACUCCAACCAGCACUAAUAGUUCUACUGCCAAACAUAAUCAGACUGCAAACCUUUCAGAAUCAGAAAGUAUUGCAACAAAAGCAGAAUUGUCAUUAAAAGAGAACUCAGAAUCUGAGACAAAAUACGACAAAAAGGAUGCACAGAUGACUGCCUUCCAGGUAGAAAUGGGCCUGAAAAACAAGGCCCAGGAUGUCUUGGGUAGCAGUGACAACAGAGAACCAAAUAAUACAAUUACCUCAUUGACAGAAAUGGAAACCAUGAAAAAUUGCAUUAAAGAAGUAGUUUCUAUGAAACAUGCUUCAGUUUCUAAGACAUCAGAAGUUAAUAGGAACCUUCUGUUACAGCCAAUAUUGUUGCCAAAGGAAGAAGGGUCUAGUUGCCAGAAUAUAGAUCUUGUUAGAAUAAGUUCAGCAACUAACAGAUUGGUUGAAAAGGGAGAGGAGGUGUUAGAGAAAACAGCAACACAGCUUCAGCCAAACAAUGCAACUAUUGUUGACUUUCAAAAAGGAAUGCAUUUUUGUGCUCCUUCUGACACAGAAACAAAAGAGACAAUUCAGAAUGAGUAUUCAUCUUACCCUAAAGGAUGCUCUUUUGAUGAUGAUGAACAACAGUUGUUAAAAAGCAAACAUUUCUCUAAUAGUAGGGUUGAUGAUCAGUUCACACUAAAAUCAGGAGACCAGGUACUGUAUUUAAAUAAUUAUUUAUGUAGUGGGCAGGAAGCUAGCAGUAUAGCAAAUGAAAGUUCACACAACCAUUUGACUAAAAAGAAGGAGCAAACCCCACAAAUCAUUUCAUCAAAUGCCCAAUUGGCUCUCCAUGAAGAAAGACAUAGUGAAGAAUUGCAUGAUGUGGAAUGCAACAAAACUAGUACAGUAACAGAAGGAAUUAAUCUAUUUGCUUCAGUCCAGUCCCCAGAAACCAUUCAAGAGGUAAACAUACAUGGCAAGAAUAGUCCAUGGAGCCAAGGGACCACAGAGUCCGUGAAACUUGCGCAAAUCAAUCCUAAUUUCACCAUGAUUUCUGAGGCUGAAACUAGCUAUGUUACUAUAGAGAAUUUUUGUAUGCCGUUGGUUGAGAGUGACUGUGUUGAAUUGACAAAGGCAUUGCCCAACAUUACUCAGAUGAGCAAUGCCAGAACUUCUCUACCAUCUGUAGAGUGUGAAAAUGGGCAAUACCAUGUACCAUGUACUUCCUUAGAAACUGAAGAUAAUGACACUGGUGAAGCUGAGGCCCCUGUAGAUAAUUUCCCUAUAAUCCUUGCUGCCAAAGAUGGUAGCUGCCAUUAUCUUAGCCAUACAAAUGAUAGAACUCUGAUACAGACAUCAAACAGUUUAGGAAGGUCUCCUCUUGAAAGUGGAACCAAGCUCCUUGAAUUUGAAAAUACUGAGCUUAUAAGCACAGAAUCUGAUACCAUGGCCAAGCCUUCGUCUCUUCAGACUGCUGAAGUGAUAGUUAAUAGCCCAGCUAUAUCUGCAGGAAAAAAUGAUCUAUUAUUCCAUGAAAUACAAAAUCAUUUCAAAACAGAGGAGGCUCCUGCUGCUCCUGAAAUUAGAGAUACCAUUAUGAUUGGUCUGCCUCCUGGCUCCCCUUCUGAAGAUGCCUGCUUGUCCAAGGGCUUCCCUCCUGCUGUGAAAAUAGAGAAGAACAGUUCUCCAACAGAUCUUUCUUCUACUUUGACAUCUGUCUUGGCCAGUAAUUUCUUCAUCUUUGAAGAUAGCAUCAGUUUAGAUGAUAUGUCUAAACCUGUGCAUAAUUCUGAAGAUCGGAGUCUAUUGGAAACUUCAUGUUUAUCUGAUAAUAAACAGGAAUGCACUAACAAAUCUGCAGGGGCUAACUCUGGCAAAAUAUGCUGUUCUGCCUCUACAUGUGAAGACAUCCCAGUUAUAAAAAAAUCAGAGAUCUGUGUACCUUUGAGCUCUCUUAUUGCUGUUGAAUUUGUGAGUGCAGAUCAAAUAUCUGAUGCUGUCCAGGAAUCUUCAGACAUUCCAGAGACUAAGAUUAGGUCUGACAGUCCUGAAUUUGCUAGCAUUGGGAGUGAGAUUUUGCUGUUCUCUGAAGAAACAAAGGAGACAUGUGGAUCAUGUUCCUUUAGCUCUGGAUCCAGUCUAGUGAAAGAGAUCCUUCCAGUUUCUACACGAGAAGAUACAUAUACUUGCAAAACUGCUUCUUUUACUUCCCCUUUUAAAAAUAUCUCAAAACUAUGUUCUCCUGCCUGUGAAAUGACUGAUGUAUUAGGCAAAAUUAAUUCUUUUCCUAUUAAUCCUGAAGCUAGGGUUACAAUUUCACCUAAACUUAAAUCUGAAAGUCUACUGGCUAGAUCAACAACUGAAACUGCUUGCCCGGCCCCAUUUAUGGACUCCAUUUCCUCUGAUGUAGAAGCUGUAGACCCUGUAAAGAUACUAUUAGAAGAGGCGUUCACAGUGCAGCAGGAGAAAGAGAUGUACACAGCUUAUUCAGAGCAAGUAAAUCUUCAUCGUCUUGGUACCUCUGUUUCAGAAAACCAUGCUGAAAUAAAUGAUCAAGCAAUUACAGCUUUGUUUACAAAAUCAAGCAACCAGUUUUCUGACGAAAUGCUGAAAGAUGUUGAAACAGGAAAGCAAGUACAAAUUAAAUCCCAAGACUUAACUGUUUUGUUUAAAGAGGCUGAUGAAAUCGUUGAUGAAAUUCUGUAUUUAGCUCUUGAAGAAAUAAGAUCAAAGCAAGCAGCGGGUAUCCAUCAGACUAAUAACAUUAAGGACAGUUUAUUAGUACCCAGUCUUCAAAAAGAUCAGAAAAAAAGAAAAAUGUUGUCAGAAUCAAAAGAAAUCCAGUUAAAGAGCUUGCCAUUAAAACAUUUUAAUGAGACUUGUAUCAGAAGGUCUUCAGGAAUGAAAAAGAAAGAUACAGUUGACACAGAUAUGCAAGAUGAAACGAUGCCAUUCAGUGUUACUGAUAAAAUCAAUCUACAUAGUUCACAAACAGUAAAAGCAAAAGAAAUAAUGGAUGAUAAUGCAAUCAAACAUAAACUGACAUACAAACAGCAGGAGGAAACUCUGAGCAAAGCCCCUUCUCAAACUACAGUACUUGGUUCUGAGACGGAAGCAACUAAAGCAGCGGAAAGACUGGUCGUGGAUGCUGAAUUAACAGCUAAACUUUCUGAAACAAUCAAAGAGCCCAUGAGUCCAAGCUGGGUAAACCCAGCAGAAGAAUACAACGUAACUGUUGAGUGUGAGAAAGCAGACAGCUUGGCUUCUUUGCAUAUAAAUUUAAAAGAAGAUAACAAAGACAUCACGAAAGGAGAAAUGGCACUAAAUAAAGUAUUUUCAUGCAGAUACAAUAGAGACAAAUGUACUGAGUUCCCAGCUAGGCUAGAAUCUGGCCCUGCAGCAGUAGGCAAUGGCAAAAACAAUCAGGGUGUCAUUGGCAGUAUGCACAUGGCAGAUGCUAGUGGCAAAGGGAAUGACUGGACUACUGGCAAUAAAUCUGAUUAUUCCUUAUAUGCAGGAAAUGGAGAGAAUAUUAUGACGAGAGAACAAUUGCCUUCACAACUGUCUGUGCCAGAGAAUGUGUCACAGCCAGCCUUUAACUCCAGUGUUCAUACAUAUUCUGGUCUUUCUAGAAAAUCCAAAGGGGAAUAUGGGCCUUUAGAUUUACUUGGAAAUAACAUUGGGAAUGAUUUGUUCAAAUAUAGCCACAACUACAGCAGUCUCCCUUUCUUUGCAAAAGAGGAACCUGAUGAAAACUAUUGUGAAAUAGACAGUGAAUGGGGUUAUGGCAAAACAAAAAAAGCCUGCUCAGAGUUACAGAAUAAAAGCCGUAUAUCUGAAUCAUUUGUAAAGAGCAGCUCACCAAAGACUGAAUCCAAGUUCGCCUCUGAGGAAGAAAUAACUGGGAUAACUAUGGAUGAAGCACUCAAGGAAAAUUACCUGGAUGACAUCAGAGUGAAAUCCCCACAAUGUUCUGCCUUUUCUUUACCACAAGAAUGGGAAAGUGAUUCAUCCUUCACUGUUUUAUAUGAAGAUGCUCUUCAAGAGGACAGUUGUUCAUCUGCAGAAACAGAGCAUUGCUUACCGUCACUUCCUGGCCUCUCUCUGAAUAAUGUUGAGCAUCUUCUGAAGUAUAAAACAACAAAGGGAAAACUUAACUCUGUCCAGACUUAUGAAGCUGGCAUUCAGUUAAAUGAGAUGCUAGACAGUACUUGUUCAGAAUCAUUCAUGACAGUGGAGGCAAAGCGCUGUAGAGUUUAUCCAUUCUCCCUGUCUCCUAUAUAUGAAGAUGACAGUUCACAAGAAGAUUUGCUGUCCGCAGACAUCUCACCAGGAGGGCAUUCUAGUGAAAAAUUAAGAGAUGGCAGUAAUCCGUCCUUGUCUGUCUUAUCACUUCUGCAGUCAGUAUCUGAACGGUUGAAGUCUAGUAACCAAUAUGUUGAAGAAGAAGAAGAGGGGCCUCAUGAAGAAAACAAACUGGAAGAAGAAAAAGAAGCAUAUAUUCCAAGUUGCUGGGCAGGCAGCCCAAGUACAACAAUCCCAGGGAAUGUUCACGAGAGGAAUUUGCUUUCUAGGCACUCUUCUCUUUCUAAAGAUGCACUUAAUGAAGAAGAGGACUUACCUCUCACCUCAGUGCAUUCACCUCAGCUGCAGCAAAAAUGUGACUUUGACACUAAGCCUUUUUCCCGGAGUGUGUUUUAUGAAUAUUUACAGAAUGCAGGUAGUUACCUAGGUGAGAAGGAAGCAAGAUUUGGAAGGCUUUUAUUUACAAAGGAUCAUCAGACCAAGUAUAAUGACUUGCAAAAAUUGGGAGCUUUUCAAGUGUGUCCUAUUGACCGAGAGAAACUCAGGUACAAUCCAAGACCAGGAAAAAUGGUUAUUUGUGAUCUUAAGGAUGGCAAAAAUAAACAUGAAAUUUAUCAUGAUGAACUAGAUACUGCAGCCUGGAUGUUUUCAAGAGAAGUAGUGAUCAGAGUUGUUAGAGGAUGCUGGAUGUUAUAUGAAAAACCACAAUUUCAAGGUCAGAAUUUCAUUCUGGAAGAAGGAGAGAAGUUAUUGAAUGGUAUCUGGAAUACUCAAAUUGAGAAACAUCAAGGAAACUUCACAGUUGGUUCAAUCAGACAAGUAGUGAAGAAUUGUAGUGUUCCUGAGACUGAGCUUUAUCCACAAAUGGACACAGAUAAUUCUCCAGUCGUUAUUCAAAAUGCAAUUGAUAAUUUAGAAGAAUUGGAAAUAAAAUAUCCUACUCUUCUUGUGAAAGCCGGAGUAUGGCUUGCCUAUUCAGAAGCUAAUUACAAAGGAGAAGUGAUGGUUUUGGAAGAAAAGCAUGAUAUAUGUGAACUUUCAGCAGCUGAUGUGAAAUCCCUUCGUCCUUUGAAAAUGGGUGGCCUAAAGGUGCAGAUGCCUAUGAAUGUUAAGAUGGUGAUUUAUGAACAACCACACUUUGAAGGACGGUGUAAAGAGCUUUCUGAAAAUGUUGAUUAUGUUCCAGCAUUGUUUGGAAAUGCUGAUGAUUUCCAAGGGAUUGGGUCAAUGUGUGUCAUUGGUGGAAUAUGGGUUGCUUAUGAGAAGGAACGAUACAAGGGCCAGCAGUACCUGUUAGAAGAGGGAGAGUAUGAUAACUGGCAAUCGUGGGAUGGAGUUAGCAAAGUCUUGCUGUCUUUUCGGUUUCUGCAAGCUGACUUUAUGGAGUCAGAAGUCACACUUUUUGAAAUGGAUGAGGAAAAUGGAAAGCAGUUGGAGAUAGUAAAUCAAGAAAUCCCUGAUUUGGAUCAGGCUGGGUUUGGCCUCACAACCAGGUCACUUAAUGUCAAGAGUGGAGUGUGGGUUGCUUAUCAGCAGAAGUACUUCUGUGGAGAGCAGUAUAUAUUGGAGAAAGGAAAAUAUAAAUGUUUUUUUGAUUGGGGAGGACACAAUGAGACUAUCAUGUCAAUCCGUCCUAUUAAAUUGGAGCCAUUGGAACACCGUACACCCCCACACUGGCUUAAAGCUUUCAGUAAAACACGUUUCCAGGGAUUGUGUAUAGAUUUUACAACAGAGACUUCUGAUUUUGCAUCAUUUAAACCCUGUUCUUUUAAAGUUCUGCGGGGAUGUUGGCUGCUAUGUUACCAGGGGGAAACUGGUGAUAACCAGUGUGUGCUAGAAGAAGGCCUUUACACUGACCUUGCUUCCUGCGGCUGUCCAGCAGCUACAAUCAUGUCCCUUCGGCCUAUUGAAUAUGUUUUUGCUGAGUCCUUCAUCAGCCUUUUUGCUUUAGAGAAUUGUGAAGGCAGAGAGCUUCACCUGCAAGAAGCUGUCAGUUCCGUUCUGAAUAAGGAUCUUCAUUUUCUUACCCAAUCUGUAUGGGUGAGAAGUGGACAGUGGAUUGCAUAUGAAGGAAGCAACUUCUUAGGGAAACAAUUUCUCCUUGAACCCAGCAAGAUUUUAAACUGGACUCGGUUUACUGGCUGGAGAGUAAUUGGCUCCCUUCGUCCUGUGAAACAGCCAGCCGUAUACUUUAGAAUAAAGAACAGAUCCCAAGAUAAGUAUCUGACCAUUGCUGGGAAUCUAAUAGACGCCAGAGCUACGUCAGUAUGUCUUUCCCCAUUAAAUGGCAAGGAUACUCAGAUCUGGCUCUACAGAUGUGGACUCAUCAAAUCCAAGGUUAAUGAUGCUUGUCUGGAUGUCAUUGGUGGCAGAGAUGUACCAGGUGCUAAAGUAGCACUGUGGGUAGAACAUGGAAAGGCAAGACAAAAAUGGGCACUCAACCAGGAUGGGACCAUUAGCUCGUACCUCAGUGACCAGCUUGUUCUUGAUAUCAAAGGAGGAUAUUACUACGACAGGAACCACAUUGUUGUAAAUCAGCUCAGUAUCAGUGAAUGCACACAGAGAUGGGACUUUGAAAUCUUAUGAGUUGCCCUUGCAACUAUAAAGACAUUAAAAACAUGGACCAAUGUGGCCUUCAACGUAUUCUUGAAAAACUACUGAAGUCACACAUCACUGGACCACAGAGAAUCUGCCUGACUUCACCAUCAUAUUUGGCAUAGAGUCCAGUUUAAAGAAACAACUAGACUAAGUUUAUCCUGGAUAAGCAGCCUUCCCAGAUGGGACCAGUAGCAGAUUUAGCACAGGGUCCUAUUAAGCAGUGACCAGUAGCAGAUGUUGCCAUGGUGACUCUGCAGUCUCUUGCUGCUUAUUUUGUGUUCUUGUAACUUUUUGUGGGUCUGGGUAAGGAAAGCUCUGUAAAACUUUUAGCUGAGAAGCUUUUCUUCUCCAGUUUUUAAAACUGCUCAUGGAAGCUUAUUGAUUAUUGCACUUUUUUCUUGUAUAAAUAUCUUGUAUUGGAAGAUCACAAGUGAUUAGCCUCAGGGUAAACUUCAUCAUUAUACUUUACAUACACUAUACUACUUGGCCUAUAUCCAAAGAAUCUCAAAAUGGUAAUAAAACCAAUGUUAUGAGAUGAGAAUUGUAUGUGAAAAGGCAGUUUAUUUCUUGCUAUUGGUUCUCUGUUCUCAGGAGUAUAUUAUUAUCCAUAAAACAGUUUACAGUAUUUAGAUAAAAAUUCUGUGACAACACUGAAAAUACAAGCUGAUGGAGACUAUACUUCCACACAAAUCUGACAUAUCUGCAGUUGAAUUUCAUUCUUUGUACGAAAGCUGUCUAAGAAUUAGUUUUGACUGUAUGACAUUAGAUCAUUCUACCAGCCCAGCCCAUAUUUGCUUAAAAGCAAGAAUUUAUGGGCUGGGUAAAUGACAUUCAUUGCUCAGUGGCUAUUGCUUUAAAGCUCUAAAAUACUGUGCAGGAGAUGCGACUAAAUCUCAUGGCAUCUGUUUCCAUAGAUGUAGGAGAUGCUGAAUUAGAUCAGAGCUCCAGUGCUUUUUUCUCCUGAAUUGUUUUCCCAGUCUAAAGCUUCCACAGUUUCCAUUUGCACACUUGGAAAAACAUUUUUAUGGGCAUCAGUGGCCAGAGAGGUUUAUAUUGGACAAAAUGGGCAUGGAUAGAUGGUAUGUUUCUGCCUCUAGUGCUCUGUUCUGAUUAGCUGAUUCAGCUCACUUUCAAGCGAAAACGAGUCUACCUUGCAAUCCACUCACACAUACUGUCCAAUACUGUAGUCUUGUGAUAACUGCAACUGUCACUGGAUUUCUUGAUCAUCUCAAAUUGCUUUCUCUAACUAAUUUCAUGGAUCAGUGUAUUAAAAAAGGGGGCAAAGGGUCUACUUGCUCUGGGCAAAACUUCUAGUUCAACUUGAGAAGGGAGAUGUUGCAUACUAGACAAACCAUUUUCUAAAAAGCUGUAUCAGCACUCAAGUGUUUUGAAAACCGAAUGAGCCUGCUAUUUUAAAAAAGUGUGCAAAAGGAGCUGUUCAUACCUUGAACUCCAGCAUAAAUGAAGUUCAGACUUGGGUCUCUUCUACCCAAGAAACUUUUCCCAUCUUUAGUCAUUUGAUCCAUGUCAAGUAUUGUGUCACUUGAAUGUAAGUUUUGGUUUAAAAUGCCAGUUCAUAGGGUGAUGCUGUCACCGUAAUAGAGAAAGGUGUGUUCUUGCAGCUGUUCUCUUCACUCCACAGCAGCAUACAUGAAAUUAUUUUUAAAAGAUUCUUGCUAGUUUGGCAAGAAAAAGGAGCAAUGGCACUUUUUAAAAAGAGGGAGCUUCAUGUGUCCAUCCUCAGCUUUGGAUUGCAAAGGAGAGCAUAUUCAGCUGGCGAUUACAUGCUUAAGGAUACUGGAUCUGGUUAUUGCCCGAGCUGCAGCAGUUUUUUCUAGUACUGGUUUCAGUAUGACUUAAAUGUAACCUUGUAAGUAAAUAAAAUCAGUAUCAGUAAGCUACAACCAAAAAAAGAGACUUUUUUCUUUUUACUUCUGAAUUAGACUACAGUAGAUAAGAAAUCUAAAGCUGCAAGGUUUACCACCAGCAAAAAUGUGGAUAAACUAUUUUUAUAUGAAGAGAUAGUAAGAAAAUCUACCUAAGGGCUGGUCCUAACCCUCAGCUGUAGCCCCAGCCAAGCAAAUCAUAGACACAUGGAAGCACAACUUCCCAGGCCAUGUGUCAUCUCCUACUGCAGUUUGCAGUACAACAACUCCCAAGUAGGGCAGGACACCUUAGGGAACUACAUUAAUUGCCACCUGUAACAGCAGCAUUCACUGUUACAUGUUACCUAGGGACAGAGUGAUUUACUAGAGCUAUGUGAAAGUGCAUUGUUGUAUAAGUGGAAUAAUGCCCUAAUUGCACUUUAGAUUAAAAAUGCAAAAAAGUUUUUUGGUUUUUUUUUUACAAAUAUCUAAGUCUUUAAAUAUAUUUUCAUCUAAGGCACUUAGUAAUAAACACAAGAAACUGUCUGUUAAAUAUCAAACACGAUAGAAAAACUUCCAAAAUUUUGUGCUUUGAAGACUAUGCAAUAAUUAUCUAGUGAACCUCAAUUCAUCUCCGCUGGCCUAUCAGUGUUAUGUCGUGGAAGUCUGAUCCAGUCCCAUGUCCACUGCUCCUGCAUGCAGACAGGGGUUGCCCAGAGCUGUUCUGUGGAACCCCAUCUAGACACCACCCCUUCACUCAGUACAAGUUACUUCUGACCUAUAGCACCAGUAAUUUACACUGAGAAUAGAGGGAGGAUUGGUUGGGGAAACAGAAUUGAGCCUUUGAGAAUUAUCCAUAUAGAAGUGCUGCAACCACAGUGCAGGAGCUGGAUCAUGCGCUAAGCAGUUUAAUUUAAAUUUGUAAAUGUAUAUUAUAUUGUAUAAAAUGUUGCAGGGAAGAGGGGAAGAUCAUCUACCUUGUUCCUUUUGUACUGUCUCAAAAGGCAAUAAUUUUUAGCAACUACUAACUGAUGUUCCAAUCUUUUGCAUUUUGUUUAAAAAGUGACCUUAUGUGACUGUAGUGUAUAUAAAUGGCAUGAUUCUGUGUCAUUGGAUUAAAACACUUUAAAAUACA